AGAAAUCCAUCCAUCCACUCUUGCGGCCCGACCCGACCCACAUCACUUAGCAGCUAGCUGCCAACCGUUUGUAAGUUUUGCGAGGGUAGGCUAACGAAUUUCUUUAUUUUCUUUGCUGUAAUGAAUCAAGAUGUGGCACGAGGCAAGGAAGCAAGAGAAAAAGAUUCGUGGGAUGAUGGUUGAUUUCAAAAAGAGAGCAGAAAGAAGAAGGGAGUAUUAUGAAACAGUUAAACUAGACCCAGCUCAAUUUCUUCAAAUCCAUGGGCGUGUUUGUAAAAUUCAUCUUGAUCCAGCCAUCUACCAUGCAGCUGAGAGUCCUGCCACCAUGAUGCCAUGGCAAGGUCAAAAGAACAACAUGAUUGAUAGGUUUGAUGUGAGGGCGCAUCUGGAUAUCAUACCCGAGUACUCUGGUAUAGGUCAUCUAUUGUUGACACCAGAUGAGGAGAAAGAGGAACGUAAAUGUAACUAUGAGCGUUACAGGGUCUUAGUUCAAAGUGAUUAUUCAGGAAACUCAGAAGAACAAUGUCUUCAGCAAAUCUAUAUAGACGAGAUGUUCCCAGAAUUACAGAAUAAUAAAAUCGAAAAUGAAAAAUCAAAGUUGGUUGACAAGAAAGCAGCAAUUGGAUUUAGCUAUGAUGAUGCCCCACCUGCGGGGGGUGAAGGCAACAAAGAAGAGGAUGCAGAGGACAAUGAUGAUGAUGACGACGAUGAUUCAGAUGAUAGCCUUAGUGACUUGGAAAUAGAUACUGUAAAUUUAGAUGUUGAGGAACUUUUACCUGAACAAGAGGCAAAGGUUAACCAGGUUGGCGAAAAGUAUGGACUAGGUGCUAAUCAGUUUACUCAAUUGUUGAAAAAAGAGAAGGAAGAAGUUGAGGAUUUAAAGAAAGCGAAAGCAGAGGAGGAAGAAAGAGCAAUGUAUUCUGGACGCAAGUCAAGGAGAGAAAGAAGGGCAUAUAUUGAAAAACGUCUGCGGGAGAAAAAAAUGCCAAGUCCACCAAGCUAUGCCCGAAGGGAUAGUCCUACGUAUGAUCCGUAUCCCAGCUACAGACACAGGUCGUCUUCCGGUAGUCGCUCCAGCACGCCAGAGGACACUGGCAAAGUCACGUUCAUCACUAGCUUUGGCGAUGUUGAAGAUGCAGCCAAAAAAGAGGAAAAGAAGAAAUCAGUUAGCAAGGAAAAUUCAGACACGCACAGUAAAGUCUGGAAACGUUCCCGACAGUCAUCUUCAAGUUCAUCGUCUCCCUCACCUUCAAGAUCACGGGACAGGCGAAGGCGUUCUCGCUCUCGUUCACGCUCUCGUUCAAGAGAGCGUUCAAGAGAACGUGUUGGAAAGUACUUCCGGCAUAGAGGACGCUCUUCCAGUAGUAGUUCUAGUGAUCAUUCUCGACCUCGUGGGAAGCGCUUCUACGACAGACGACGUUCAAGGUCCCGGUCUCGUGGUAGAUAUAGCCGUUCACGAUCCCGCGAUCGUUCAUCACGGGCGUAUGGUUGUCGUGGAAGAUCCAGUUCGGACUCGAGUUCGUCUCGGUCACGAUCUAGAAGUUGGGAACCACCUAAGCCUGCUCAGGUUAUGAAACUUAAAAAAGAGACACCAAAAACCACUAGUCCAACUGGUUCUGCGGCCAAAACAAAACUUACAGCGAAGGAUAAAAUGAAGAUGAUGAUGCAGAGGGCUCUUAAUAAACAACAUAAAGUAGAUAAAAAGAAGGAAGUCAUAAGGAAAGAGGAAAAACUACAAGCUCAAAUUAACCGUGAAGAUGAUUUAAGGGAACGUGCUAGGCAGAUGCGGCGAAUCGAACGUGAACGACGGGAAAAGGAAUGGGAGGAGGAACACGGUCAUAACUUGCGGGAUUCUCCUGAUGACUCGUAUGAGAGGCGUAGAAGGUAUCGUGAUUCAAGAGGGUCUCCACCACCAAGACGGCGUUCCCGAUCUCGAUCUCAUUCACCGCGUCCUCAUCACCACCAUCAUCAUCACCAUCAUCAUCAUCAUCGCUACUGAAGCUCUAAUGCCAUUACCUUAUUUUUUCUUCUUUGUUUUAACCCUGGAGUAUUUGUAAUGUCAGGUGGUUAAGAAGUGGUGGGGGGUGGGGAGGCUCUUUCUGCAAUGAGAGAAAACUUUGAAGAUGUUUUGCUGAAACAUGUUUGGUUUAGGAUUUAUGAGAACAAUGUCUUUUAUAUUCAUUGAGGUUUGUAAGUAAACCAAGGAGGUACAAAAUACCUAAAUGGUGAAAAAAAAACAUGAACACAGUUAAUAUGUGUAGGUAACUGCUAAGUGAGAGUGAAUGAUUGAAUAAAUGUUUGUGGGUGUUUGUAUGGGUGAGUGGGUGAGGGUGUGUGUGCAUGCGUAUGAGACAGUUGACUGAAAAGCGGUGACUGUGUUUAUAGUGUGAGAUUUGUGUGACUAUCCACUUGAAUAAGAAAGGUGGAUUUGUGAAUAGUGUAAAUUUUUAAUGCGUAUAUGUGCACAUUUGUGUGUGGGAAUUGAAUAAGAAAGAACUGAGUGAGUUUUGGAAUAGAGUAUUGAACACCAGUGGUAAGUAAGUGUGUUUUUAAAAUGAAUUGGACAACUUUCCUUAGCCAUCUAAUUUUUACGGAGAGGUGUGUGGGAUGAUAUUAAUUUUUCUUAUUAACUAGUAGUCCAGAAGAGCUUUAAUAAUAUUAUGAAUUCAUUUUUUAAAAUUUUUACUUCCACAGUAAAUAAUUCUGAAAAUAUUAACAGUAUGUUGAAUGUACAGUAUUCUUAAUAUACAAUGCCUUCCCAUUUACUUUGGACGGACAUGGUGUAGGCCUAUAUUACUGUACACGAUUAAAUAUUGAUGAAAUUUACAAUGAUCGAUUGAUUAAUUAGAUUUAUUCCGAGUACAGUAAAUAAAACAUUAAAGACGCUAAAUAACAUGCAUACAUCGGUGCACCAACAAAUUGGAAGUUGUAUAUUUAAGGAAAUGUGAUAUUUUUUCUUUUACUGUCAUGAUCGCCGUGAUAGAAAUUGAAAAUAAAUGAUCUUAUCGAGGAUCAGUAAUACCAUAACAAAAA